CUUUAUAACACUCUAAUGUAAUAGUUAAUAUUCCAAAUUUAUCAUUUCUCUGAAUAGUUAUUUAAUUAUUAUCGUUACUUUAUCAAAGUUUCUAGGUUAUAUCUGAUGUCGUUAUUACGACAAGUGUCGCAAAACACUACGUCAAUAAAACAUACAAUAUUUUUUAAACCGUAGGGGCUAAAGAACUUUGAUGUUACUUUUCCGUAGCAGCAAGCAGGGAUGCACAAUUAUUAAAAUGAACGAAAUAUGGAUAAUUUCAUGUAGCGCAACAAUGUAGCUAGUCACAGCGUAAAUAAGCAUUUUUUCACGUAUACUGAAGGUAAUGCAGGAAUUAAAUGAAUUUAUAUAACUGGUAAAAGAUGGAUAUCACACUAGAUGAUAGAUUAAACGUGCUGCAACAGAUAAGCCAAAGAAAGCUCAUUGAAAUAUUGGACACGAUCCCUGGGACAAAAGACCUGGUGAUCGAGCAGAAACUUAUGAAAAUCCUGGAUAGUUUUGUAGGAGUUUCUGUACUCAAACGCUAUGGAAUCGAUAAAAUAUAUAAAAUGGAACAAGGUCUGAAACUUUCAAACUCUCAACGCAUAUUUCUAGUCUCCAGUGAUUUGAUUUCUUGUAAAAGGGUAUUAGAUCAGAUACAAUCAGAAAUCUCUCCAAAUAUCAGACCUCACGUACAAGCAUGCCACCAUAUUCUAGUUGCUCCAUUUGUACCGACAGUUUUGAACACAAUUAUAGAGGAAGAGGGCUUGUCCGGAUUAGUCACCGUACGAACGUUAUCAUGGGAAUUUAUACGAUUAGACGGAAACGUCUUAUCUUUAGAAAAUCCUAUGUUUACCGAUCUUUAUUAUCACAAAGAUACUACUCUAUUGCCAGCAUUGGCGCGUGGCUUAUGGUCGUUGCAGCUUAUACUCGGCUCGCCCAAGCUUUUAAUUUCGUUUGGCAAACACAGUCAACAAAUAAUAAAAAUUAUGGAAUCCAUGAACCAAUGUUUAGGCUCGUCUAAUAUCGAAAAUGAGAUAGGAGCUUUAAUUUUGAUGGACAGGAAUUGCGAUUUAGCCACUCCUCUCUUAACUCCCGUAACGUACUCAGGGCUACUGCACGAAGUUGUAGAGAUAAAUGUGGGUACUGGCGUUUUGGGCAAAUCACAAACCAAGUUAGAACCAGAGAAAGAUCAGAUUUACGGAGAAGUAAGAGACACACCGUGCAGCGAUGUAUUUCCUAUUUUACACGGGAAGGCUAAGUCUCUAAAAUCUGAACAGGAUGCUAUACAGACGAUGAAGUUGUCCGAAAUGGAACGAUACGUGGCGACGAGAUUGCAGAAAACCAGAGAUAUGACGCGUCAACUGGCCUUUCAUAUUUCUGCUUGUCAACUCAUCGCUGAUACGCUAGGUUCCGAUUUUCAGACUUUGCAGAAAAUAGAAAAGUUUAUACUUGAAUGCAAGGAGAGAAAAGAAUGCUUGGCUCAUAUAGAAAGACACAUAGACGAUCAUCCAUUGAGAGCUCUACGUUUACUAUGUCUGUUGUCCAUCGCGAGCGACGGAAUCACGCAAAACGAGCUACACUCUAUCCAGAGGCUACACCUUCACGCGCACGGUUACAAACACAUACCGUUGAUGUACAAAUUGCAAAGUAUAGGUCUGUUAAAGUGUAGAACGGAAAAUAUUUUGCACAAAUUACCAAACUGGACCAGCGAAUGGAACAACAAUGCUCAAAAGCUGAAACUUUUGCCUAGCUAUACCAAACAAACGGACCAGAAAGGACACGCGUGUCCAAGUUACGUAUUCAACAAUGCUUACGUUCCUGUGAUCGCUCAAUUAUUAAACAUCGUUGUAAGUCAAGAGAAGGACCCUAGGAGUCUCGAAGAACUGGGAAAUUUAUCGAACUGCGUCGUGAAUGGUCAACGCGGUUCGUUGCUGCCGAAGAUGGUGGUGAUAUGUAUCGUAGGAGGUAUCACCAAUGCCGAAAUAGCUGCUUGCAGAUUUAUAGAAAAGUCGACCGGUAUUCGACUUGUUCUCGCGUCCGACAGCGUAACCACUGGAAACAAAAUACUCGAAACAGUUCAAGAGAUAUAAUAUCUAAAGACUGCCACGAAAAUAAAA